CGUUACUGAAAUAGACGGAAGAGGAAAAGAUGGAGCACCUAGGACAGCACGUAUCGCUAAGUUUGGGAAGGGACAUUAUGGCCAUCGUCGCCUCCGGUGGAUCCUGGAAAGAGACCAGGAAUGAGAUGAUGAGGAAAUACCUGAAGGCAGAAAAAAUGGCAACAGAGGCAGAAUUAGCCGCAGUCCAUAGGAAAAACUAUGCGACCUACAACGAUUUCCUGAGGGCGUUAACGUUAAUGGCUCUGCGAAUUCCCGGGGUAACUUACCGCAUAAUGAGUAAAUACUUCCUCAGGCAGUUCUCCGAGUUUGAUAAGGAUAAAAUUUUGUCAGCAUACCAGCAGACCAGUAAGUUCGAAUACACGAGAGAUGUGGAUUUCAGCACCGUAACAGACCUUGCGGAAAAGACAGUGGUUACCGAGACGCUAGCCCUACUUAAGGAAGGGGAGGUCAUAGAUCUGACCGGGAACACAGGGGAUAAGGUCAAGAAGGGGAUAGAGAGUCUACACGAAUGGGUGCACGGGGUUGAUAGCAAGAUGGACAUAAUGGAAAAUGCAUUGUUAGUAAUGCAGGCGCAAGUGUCCAGACCCGCCCUCCCGCCCCAAGAGGCCGUGGUUCCGGCAGCUGUAGCAAACCGGGGGUUUGGCAGGAGGGACCUGACCAACGAACAAUGCAAGUAUUGCACCAUGAUCGGACAUUUCGUACGGGCCUGUCCGAGACUCAAUCACGAUAUCGAGCGGCAGAGGUGCAGUAGGUCCCUCAAAGGCGAGAUCCUCGGACCCAGGGGGGAGCAUGUCAAUUGGAACUCGCCAGGAGGGAUGCGGCGAGCCGUCAUUCUCCUGAAUAACCUAGAAAUAGUUGUCGUAGAAGCAGAGCCGAUAGCCGAGAUUGUUUGGGACCAGCCAAGGGGACGGGGACCACAGGCCAAUUUUAUCCUAGAAGGCAAUGGCCAGGAUAGGGUGAAUAUCACCACUCGCCGAGCUGGCGCAGAAAAAAAGCUUGUUCAAGAUACAGUAAUGGAAGAACUCGCAGGGACUACCACGGGCCAGCAAGAGAUCGAAGUCGGGGAUCAAGAGAAGGUCUAUGAGAAACUGAGGGAGGAGGAACCGGUAGACAAGGCCACGGCGGCGAAAAAGAAGUUCAGGUAUCAAAUUCUGAUCCUGACUUCACCAGAAAUCGAUGGCAUUUUGAGUAAGCUACUGCGUACCAUGGUAUCGGUGUCUUUUCAGACCAUGCUGCAAGCCAGCCCGAGGCUGCUUAAAGGACUUAGGCAGUUGCUAACACGUAAGCGCGUAGAGGUAGAGGAGGCCCCGGAACUGCAAGAGCAGGACACGGAAGAGGCCGAGGCGUCGCAAGGAGUCUCCAACCUCCAAAGCAUCCCAGGGGGCCUGGAAGAUUUGGAAAAAGUUUUUGCUGACAUUCGUCUGAACCUGCCGAACCGAGAAGGUGGUGAAGUCAUGAGAGCACCGCCUGACACUAAACUUAAGCUUUCACGCACUGCCCGUAGGAAAGCUUAAAAUCCAGAUCGGAACUCGCCACACCGAUACAUUAGUGGAUGGCGGCGCGGAAAUUACCCUCAUACGACGGGAUUUCGCAACAAUC